AUUCCGUGUCGAUGAGCAGCUGAUUAUAAUUGCUACCAAAAUAAUCAGCAUUGUGCCAGUUUCUGGCCUGCACGGGGACAACGUUAUUGAGAAGUCAGACAAGGCGGCACGCCUCCAGCCUGCGGGCAAGGUAGAAGAGGGAGGGCUCGCGGUCCUGGCUGCGCAGCCCCUCAUGUCGUUGCUGUGAAAAGUGAUGGCCGCGCUAGUCCUAUCGAGGCCCAACAGACCACGCUGUGCGUGCAGCUGCAGUCGGAGUCGCUGUAGAGAGCGCCAACCAACAGGACUGUUAUGAUAAACAGUAGCUUCUUCAAGACAUUCCGCGCACGUGUUGGCCAUCGCAUGUCUUCAUUUCUGAGCAACCCAUGUUUAUCCCCUUCGUGUUCCUUUGCAUUGGCACCGUGUCUCACCCAAACUGCUCCACUCUCAAGCUCUCCUGACGACAUGUUGAAUCGAAUUAAAAACAAACUUCGCGGGGAAAGAGAGCCCCCCAGCGCCCCUCAACACCAUGACCCCUCUUUUGCGUUCGCCACCCGCGCUCCCGCUACACCCCAAGUCAUCGAGGGCCACCUGAGCCAUCGUGUUCCGCAGCCGGACCCGACACCUUCGGGCACUACGAGGGCCCUAGUACCGGCCGGCAACCAGAUUGGGCUCUUCCCAAUUGAUGAGAACAAAGCAGGUCAUGAUUGUGGGGCGGAGCCCGUCGAUAUCAUCGCCAUCCACGGCCUGAAUGGGCACCCAUAUACCACAUGGACCCACGACACUGGCAGUAUGUGGCUCCGCGACGCCUUGCCUAAGUAUAUGCCAGGCUGUCACGUGUAUACAUUCGGCUAUGCCUCCAAAUGGGCAGCGAAUCAGUCGGUCGCAACCGUGCCUGAUUUCGCGAGGAGCCUGCUUGAUGCUUUGAGAAAUCUUCGCGAGAAAAUGGGCGAGACUCGUCGUUCAACGAUUUUCGUGUGUCACAGUCUCGGAGGCAUCGUCUGCAAACAGGCCCUGGUUUUUGCCCACAUGGACCAGAAACGCUAUGGCGAUGUACUUGAUUCCACCAUCGGAGUCGUGUUCCUGGGCACACCUCAUUGUGGCAGUAACCUCGCCGACCUGGGAGUCGUUCUCGGACGAUUUGUCAAUAUCCUUUCAGCAACUGGCACGAUGGGAGUCAUAUCCAACCCCAUCAAGCGGGAUCUGUUCGACGCACUCACAUACGACUCUGAGAGCUUGCAAGAGCUGGAUAUCUCUGUCCGACAUUUGUUAGGAAAGAUCAUGGUCAUAUCCUUUUAUGAAACGCUUCCUCUACCUCCCUUGAAAACGCCGGUUGUGAGUCGUCAGUCGGCGAUACUAGGGCUGCCAGAUGAAGAUAUACUACCAUUGAAUCUCAAUCACCGGGACAUGUGUCGCUUCGCAUGCGAAACAUCGGAAUGCAGAUCGGUCUGUCAGGCCAUCCGGCGAAUUCAGACUUCGGUUGAGAGUCGCCGCGCACGCACCGCUGUGUCUCAAAGUAGAGAUUCUUCGACAUCGAGUUUCAACAAUCUUGAGAGAUCGUGCAUGAAAUUGUUCAGCCAUUUCGACCUGAGAGACUACAAGUCAAGACUACCUUUACCAGUACAUGGGACCUGUGCAUGGAUUAGAUCACAUCCUUUGUUCGUUUCUUGGGUUGAAAAGGCGAAGAGCACUGUGCUAUGGCUCACGGGUCAUUCCGGAUGUGGCAAGACCAUUCUCUCUUACUCAGUGGCCACCCGCCUCGAGGAAGGGAACCAGCAUGUACUCAUGUACUUCUGCGACAAGAAGAUUACCUCGCAGCAGGAUGGCAGGGCGAUUCUGACCGGGCUCAUCUUCCAGCUUGUUCAUCGGCAUCGACGAUUGAUUCGGCAUAUCCGCCGAGAGUUUGAAGUCUGUGGCGCUCGCAUGGUUGAUUCGUUCGCCACACUUUGGUCUGUUUUCAACAACAUGAUCAAGGAACUAAAGGGAGAGUCAGUUUACGUCGUCAUCGACGCCCUCGAUGAAUGCGAGACUUCUUCUUGCAAGACUCUCCUCGGUGCGAUCAGAGAGUUGAUCGACAGCUCUUCGUCUCAAGAAAAAAACAAGACUGUUAAGUUCCUCCUGACAAGCCGACCAAUGGUACAUCUCCUUGGUGGCUCUGGUGCAGCAAGGGAAGGACUCUUGGAGAUUGACAACGGAGAGCUGGGCUACGCUGACGAUGUUCGGCAAUUUAUUCACCAGCGAGUGGAUGAGGUCGCCGAAAAACAUGGUUGUUCCGAGCACACGAAACGCCACCUACUCGAAGCCAUGCUUUCGAAGUCUGGAAAUACGUUUCUAUGGACACAUAUGGUCCUCACGUCACUGGAAGAUAGCCUCCUUGCUUCCGCUGCUGAUUUUGACUCGAUAUUGGCUACUCUACCGCCGAGUCUCGAGUCCACAUAUUCAAGCUUCCUAGCCAAAAUCGCAAAAGGAAAUCUGACAAAUGCACAUCGACUACUAGGUCUCAUACUAGGGAGUUCAAGGAGCCUCCGCCUCGAGGAGAUUAACUGUGCCUUCACUAUUACCAGUUAUCACCAGAACUCGAGUGAACUUUUAAGGGACUGCCAACCAGCUAUUGCUCGAACGAUCCAGGGCAUUGUUGGCCCACUAGUCCGGCUCUCGGGCGAGAAAGUCUCAUUAGUCCACCAGAGCGUCAGAGAAUUUCUACUCCAGCCUGGAGACGAUUCAUCGCACUCCGGAUUUUAUGAGUCAUGCCCCGGCAUGCCAGUCAUCUCUGUGAAGAGUGCUGCGCUUCAGAUGGCAAAUGCUUGCAUUCUUUAUCUACUUCUCGGGGACUUCCAAACACCGAGUUCUUCCUCUGCGCCGUCUCCGAUAGACGAUACGCUCCGCGGAAGCUUCGGCGAAGGCGAGAAGGCUCCUGAAUUUGAAGAAAUAUGGGAACAAGAUACUAUAGGUCUGGAACUCUUCCAGGAGCCGGAGGCCGUCGAGGCCGACCUCUCGAAGGGAUUGGCCUUACGACAUCCAUUCUAUGAUUACGCGGCGACAAGCUGGCAUCACCACUACUCAGUCUGCGAAGAUAUUGCCCCUCCCGAGCUCGCAGAUUCCGUCAUAACUCUGCUUGACGUCGACGCCCUAGCGGGACAGACAUGGAGAAGCUAUGCCAGAUCCCAGGCCAUCGAUGCGGCGACCGAGUUCCCCCAGGAAUCUUGCAUUUUGGUAUUUGCAUCUUACCUUAAUCUCGUAGGACUUACAAGUGACCUUCUUCAACAUAGUCAAGCCUCUCAAGAGGAGAAAGACGAGGCACUUUUCUGGUCGGCAAGUCGUGGUCACGGCAGAGUCGUCUCUCUGCUCCUCGAUGCUGGCGCCGAUCCAGAGUAUCAUGGCGUAGAGAGGCAGACUGCGCUCUUGACGUCCGCAGCUAGCGGACACCUGGAGUGCGCGCGCCAGCUAGUGGCCAGCGGGCGCUCUGACGUGAACGUCAGCGGCAAGGCGGGGAGAACGGCGCUGUCCUUGGCAGCUGGGAACGGUCACCAUGAUGUGGUAAAGUAUCUGCUCAAGAACGGCUCGACCGCAGCAGGUCUAGGUGAUCGAACUGGUGCAACUCCCUUUAUAUGGGCCUCAGGACGCGGCCAUUUGGCUAUACUCUCGACGCUAGCGAAAGAUCCCCGCGUCGAUGUCAACAGCCAGGAUAGCAACGGACGUACUGCCUUAUCUUGGGCCGCGGGCGAAGGUAUGGAAGAAGUCGUCAGCCACCUCCUGAAGAGGAUCAGAGGAGUCGAUCUGAACCUUCAGGACAAGACUGGUCGAACUGCGUUCUCGUGGGCAUGUGGAAACGGGCACGUCGGGGUCAUCCGCACGCUCCUGCAAAACCCGAAACUCGACAGGUACCAAGCAGACCAUGGCUUGAGGAAUCCUAUUUCAUGGGCGGCCGCACGAGGACACGAAGGAGCGAUCCGGAUCCUGCUCGCGAACAAGCCCCAGGGGCUGGAGGACAAGGACAUAGAUGGCUGGAACCCAAUGGCGUGGGCUGUCCAGAACGACGCUCCCGCCGUGGUCGAGGCCCUGUUUGACGCCGGCGCCAAAAACCUCGAAGAGGGGCCCCGGACCGUGCUGUCAUGGGCCAUGGAAUACGGCCACUUGGCAGUCGUCCGGAUGCUCCUUGCCAAGGGUGCCGAUCCGGAAACCGCCAGAGACCGGAUUCCCCCUGCACUCUCCAUGGGGAGGUUUGAUCUUGUUAAUGAGCUUUCAGUCGCUUUGAACAAGAAGGCGUCCCUUUGAGCGGGCAGUGGACGGAUUGGAGUAGAGCAUAACGAGGCUUGAAAGAAGGGCUGGACAACUUGAUCAUGGCGAGGGAGGGAUGGAGAGAGACAGACUGAGUUGUUUUGUGGCAGUGCUCC